AAUUAGGUAUGCUCUUGCCCUAUAGUCAACUAUCGGGCGCCAUAGCCGGACUGCUUGGCUCAAUGGCCAUCAUAUUCUGGAUCGGAUUUGGAGGCAUGACACUGCAGAACACUGCUGACCUUCUGCCUACGUCUGCGCAUGGCUGCAACAUCAGUGACGUCAUGAACGCCUCUGCCCCCAUCCUGUCAACGGCCGACAACUGGGAUGUAAAUCAGAUGACAGCUAUAGCUACAAACCCGAGUAUAGUAGAGAGCGCAAAUGGAAAUUAUAUGUACAGGAUAUCGUACAUGUGGUACGCGAUGAUCAGCGUCAUAGCAUGUACACUGAUUGGUGUAGCAGUCAGCUGUGUCACAGGCGGAAACAAGAAGCCGGCGAGCGCGCGCCUGUUUUGGCCACCUGUGCUGAGAUAUUCUCGGUUCCUUCCUCCAAUCAUUACCUGCGAGGAAGAAAAGAAGGUAAUGACAGAAAUAACGUACACUGCGAAUAAACAGAUGGAUACGGAAUUACAAUCCAUCGACAUGACAUCCAAGCAAUGACGUGUAGUAGGCGACGAGGCGUAGUUACGCGUUUAAGGUAGCGCCAAGCCUAUGGCUGCUACACUGUAUAAUUAGAGUACAUUCUCGCAAUCAUGACACCUACUCACGAGUCAUGUAGUUUUAUUACCUCCAGCUUAAAAACUUACAGGUUAAAAUGAUUUCAUGAUGACCAACAUAGAAUGGAUUCAGCAGAGUUGCAUGUCUGGCUGCAACGAGAUUGAAGCGGGAAUGACACGCGCGCUUGUCAGGUGUUAACACGUCACAAAUCUGAACUAUAGUUGCGAGAGCGUGAGCUGUUUCCUAUCGCGCAGCAUGAAUGAGGAAUUAAUUAGAUAAAUAUAAAUGUCCUAUAUUUGUAUAUUACUUACAUGCAUGUACGUUUACGUCGGAAUGAUUGAAUUCAUUCACUAGAGCUUUCACACCGCAGAUUGUCAAUUUGGAUUUAUUUAAAAAAAUGGUGUUUUCGUUUUUUGA